UAUACCUUCAUCCCGCAGGCUACCACGCUUGAUCCUGACGAGCUUUGAGAUCCUCAUUGGCAGUCAAGCCUUGUUAACACACCACCAUCACACCACAUCGCGCUAGACCAUGACUACUCCACCUGUUUAUCCGCGGCCUCAAUUCUGGCCGCUCUCGAAAGAAUUUAUCACUGCCCUUCGUCAUUCGGAUACAAGCCGCUUCGAAGCUGCAGCCGUAUUACUCGAUCAGGGUGCCGACGUAAACGGGUUGUAUGAAGCGUCGCGUCCUCGUCGCCCUAUGGGUCCCAAGGUAUCACGCGAACAAGUCACAGCACUAUACGAUGCCGCAAACCGAGCUGACUACGACGCUGUUCAAUUCCUUCUCGACAAAGGCGCUGAUGUCAGAGCAAGAAACCGCACCGGCAUGUCUCUUGCCUUCGGACUCUUUCCAUUUCGUAAUGCCAUUGACACUCUUUGCGGACUAGAUGCGAUGAGGACGAGUAAAGAUCAGAAGAUCGUGCUCUUGGCUGAGGAGAAAUUUGGUCCAGAAACAGACGAAGAUUUUAUUAGGAGGCGCGAUGCAUUUGACACCCUUGACGGGUACUAUCCAUAUAACUCCACGACACUGUUCAAGCCCAAGAUCAAGAAAGUCAUCCCCGGAGAACAGAAGAGAAGUGUAGCAAAAAAGCGGUCUCGACCUGCAGAAAAGAAUGUUGGUGUUUUAACUGGCAAGCAGAAGCGUUAUGGACUGCGAAAACGGGAUCUAGAUGUUUCAUAUGUCUGAAGGGGUCGACUCUGUUAGCUUUUGCACAUGGCUUUUACGGAGUUCGAAAGGAUCAAGCAAUCAGGAAGUCUUGAUUAUAUCCAUUCAUAUGCGGACCAAUUAC